CAACGAUCCUCCGUUCCCAUCUUCCUUAUCCAGAUGGCGGCGCCGGCCAACUCCACCACCUUCUCCGGCGACGUGUGGGCGGAGCUCCGCCUGGCCGACGCCCGCGACGUGCCGCACAUCCACCGCCUCAUACACCAUAUGGCCGAGUUCGAGCUGCUCACCGACCUCUUCGCCGCCACCGAAGAGCUCCUCACGUCCACGCUCUUCCCAUCGCCGACGCCGCCUCCCUUCACCUCCUUCACAGCCCUCGUCCUUGACCUAUCCCCCACCCCCAUCCUCCCGGACUCCUCUUCCACCAUCGCCUCCCGCCGCCUCGACCUCUCCGCGUCCCCGCUCGCAGACCCGGAGGCCGCCACCUUCGCCUCCCCGCGCGGCGGCGGGCGCGUCACGGCCGGGUUCGUGAUCUGCUUCCCCAACUACUCCACCUUCCUCUCCAAGCCCGGGCUGUACGUUGAGGACAUCUUCGUGCGCGCACCCUGGCGCCGCCGCGGCCUUGGCCGGAUGAUGCUGUCUGCCGUCGCCGGCAGGGCCGCCGAGCUCGGGAUGGGCCGGGUGGAGUGGUGCGUGCUCGACUGGAACAAGAACGCCAUCGACUUCUACGAGGGGAUGGGCGCCGAUGUGCUCCCGCAGUGGCGCAUCUGCCGGCUCGCCGGCGCAGCCCUUGACAAAUACAAGGUCAGCCAGAAGGAGGCCGCCGGUGGGAAGGCUGCAGAGUAGGAGGGCCUGGAAAUUCGCUUAUUGAGAGUGCCUGCCAAUAAUAAAGGUGGUGGAUUUGCUUGCGCUGCUUAGCUCUGGCAUGGUUUAGAACUAGAUGAUUAGUGAUUCAGUGCAUUUGAUCAGCUCAUUAGGGCGAGAUGGGCAAUCGGGACUUGUUGUGGUAUAAACCUUGCUGCAUUAUGCUAGACUGUCUUCUGAUUUGAUGC